ACCCGACGGUGCUUUUCUGGCAUCACUGUGCAGAAAAUAUCUCAAAACAAACGAUGUCAGUAAAGGUUAUAAAACGCUUCAAAAUGACGAAUUCAGGAGAAGCGAUGUUUGCCAGAUUGACAUUUUAUCCUUCGCUACUUUAUAAUGUAUUAAUGGAAAAAGUUUCGUCGAGAAAUUGGUACAACAGAAUUGACGAGGUUGUAGUAUUAGGUGCUUUGCCGUUUCGAAGUAUGACCAAGCAGUUAAUAAGUGAAGAAAAUAUCAAAGGUGUUAUUUCAAUGAAUGAAGACUAUGAAUUACGAUUAUUUUCAAAUACUGAAAAGGAAUGGAGAAUGAAUAAUGUAGAAUUUUUGCAACUAUCAACAACUGAUAUUUUUCAAUCCCCUUCACAAGAAAAAUUACAGUGUGGUGUAAACUUUAUCAAUAAAUUUUGUAGAACAUCAAAUGAAUUAAAUAAUUCUAAUUUCCCUGAUAAAUGCAACUCCCAAACUGGUAGUGUUUAUGUACAUUGCAAAGCAGGAAGAACACGUAGUGCAACAUUAGUUGGAUGUUAUUUAAUGAUGAAGAAUCAAUGGACUCCAGAGGAAACAGUAGCAUACAUGAAGAAAAAAAGACCCCAUAUAUUGCUGCAUACAGCACAGUGGGAUGCUCUAAGACUAUUCUACAAGAAUAAUGUAGAAAAUACAAAGUUAUAGAAAUAAUAAAAUAAUUGCUAUAAUUGGGACGAGAUUAUAUCAUUAUUUUGUAAUAGUAAA